ACAGGUGUGGGUGAUGCACUCUGGCACCAAGCGGGUGUACAGGAUUGUGGACGUGGCCACAGCUGGUGCAGAUAUAAUAAGUUUCAAGACAGAGAACCAUCUGACAGGCAGGAAGUACUACUGUACAGUACACCACUACUUCAAGAGUACCUACAAGUACUAUCUCCGCUAUCCAUCCUUCAACUGUAUCCAAGUAGCACCUAAGAGUAGGAACACCUAUCUUCCUAUGGAGGUGUGCAUGUUAGUGGAGGGUCAGCGUAUGAGAGGUAAGCUACUGCAGGAGGACAGAGAAGAGGCAGAAAGUUGUCAGUUUACGUCAGUACCUCCACAAGAGAGACUUAGACACAUCACCAACUUCAUGAACUUGGUUCAUGCUUACAACACUCCCAUCCUCAGAGACCUCAACUGUACUCUCGCUCAAGAGCCUAUGGUAGUGCGAGCGAGGGUGCUGCCACCACCGUACCUGAUAACAAGGCAUGAGGGGCAGCCUACAGCAGGCACCUGGUACAACCAGAAACUGUUCCAACCAGUCCACCUACGUACCUGGGGCAUCCUGCAGUAUGACAUGGAAGGUGUAUGUAGAACUAAACGCAACGACUUCACCAUACCAUUCGUGAAUGGCAUGAUUGAGAUGGGGAGAAAGCUUGGAAUGAAGAUAGAUGAACCGUGCAUACAGAUAAUGAGGAAGGAUCCAUUACCUGUUGUGGAACUCUUUCAACUUCAGAUGCUGUUCCCUGGCAUCCAGAUCGCUGUCAUCAUCCUCAGGCCUGAGCUCAAAGACCUUUAUGAACAAAUGAAAUGGACAGGCAACGUGGAGGUCAAAUUGUUGACGCAGUGUGUGGUCCGCCCCACAUACCGUGACAAUGUUACUGAGACUGUACUUCGCAACCUUAUGUAUCAGAUUAAUGCCAAGUGUGGAGGCACUAAUGUUGCAGUCAACUGGAACUCUAUACAGCCUGAGAAAGCUGUAGCCCACAUACCAUUCGUGAAUGGCAUGAUUGAGAUGGGGAGAAAGCUUGGAAUGAAGAUAGAUGAACCGUGCAUACAGAUAAUGAGGAAGGAUCCAUUACCUGUUGUGGAACUCUUUCAACUUCAGAUGCUGUUCCCUGGCAUCCAGAUCGCUGUCAUCAUCCUCAGGCCUGAGCUCAAAGACCUUUAUGGUCAGUAUUCAUCAGUUCAACUGAUGGUGGAUUACUACCGAAAUACAAGAAAGCAGAAGCCACAGCGGAUCAUAAUGUUCCGGGAGAACAUACCGUGGGACAACUUGAGGAGAGUGUCAUGCAAGGAGGUGCGGGCUCUGCAACGCGCCUGUGUUGAUAUUGAACCUGGUGGUAACUACAGGCCUGGCAUCACUUAUAUUGUCGCACAGAAGAGCCAUAACACAAGGUUCUUCUGGGAAGAGAAGGAAGGUGAAGGUGAGGUGUCCAACGUGCCUCCAGGAACUGUUGUUGAUACUCACAUUACUCACCACAAGUACAGGGAGUUCUACCUCACUUCUCACCCUCCGAAUGAGGCUAGUACUAGCAGACCUACUCACUACCAAGUGAUGUAUGACGACAACAACCUCACCAUGGACCAGCUGGAGACCCUCACCCACGCUAUGUGUCACCUUGACGCUCGCUUUCCUCACUCUGUUUCCAUGCCCAUGCCUUCUACUUAUGCCCGCCUUGCUGCUGAGAG